CUUCAUAUUUUAUGCAACAUUUUACUUUUUUACAAAUAUCACAUAAAAUGUGUAAACAUUACUGUUUUUUACAUUUAAUAACGUUUUCGUUAUGUAGCCAUGUACUUGUUUUAAGGUUUUUACGUAUGUAAAUACUUACCUACUCGUAGAUCAUUUUUUCCUUUCUAACAAAAUUUUUCGUAAUACACAUUUUUUGUAGAUAAAAACUUUUGCAAUAUUGAAUAUAUCAUUUCUUCAUAUAUGCUUUUGAAAACGCUCUAUGUGGAAUUAAAACGAGGAAAUACAAAAGUGUUUAGUGUGUGGGCACCUUUAACAUCCUUCUCUUUUGAUCACGUGACUUGGUUAUUGCAAUGUUGUCAAGUUUGUCAUUGUCAGUAAAAUUUGAAAGAUGAAACGUCAACAUGUCAAAGUUGUCUAAAAUUAAAAACAAUGCAUUCCAAUGAAAUAAUUCAUAUCAACGAUACGAAAUUUCGUUAAAUUUCAGUAGAGCCAACGAUGUAAAAUGAGUUGGUUUGAUACGUCAGGCUUUGCUAGCAUAGCAAAAUCUGCCCUUAGGGAGGCUCAGCGAACGAUAGACAAGGCUUUAGAUAUAAAAGAAGACGAAGUAAACGUUGUUCCUACAAACACACCCAUUGACACAAACUCUGACGACUUUUUCGGAACGUGGGGCAUUAGUCAGUCUGGCCAUAUUAAAGAGAGUAAAAGAGAUGAAGAAGGGCCUAAAAUACCUAAACUUCAAUCCAGCCUAUGGGGAUCAUUUACCGGGUCAUUUUUUGAUGCUAGUAAAGAAUAUUCAAAGACGCCUUCUAUUGAUAGUUUAGAUGAUUCAAUUGACAUAGGAAGUGAGCAUUUCAGCAGGAGCAAACUUGUGGUACAGCAAAGCGAUGACGGGGAUAGUCAUUAUUCGCGUCUGUCGUCAAUGGAAACAGAUGAAGGAACUCUUGUCAAUGACAACGAGGACAAAUUAGUAGAAAUUCAAUUAGACUCACCUGAUGCCCCUUCAAACUCAGAGCAAGCUGUCGUUGUAAAGAGGCCAGAGAAAACGCAAAGUUCGAUGAUUAACAGACUGUCGGCGAUUAGUAAUGAAAGUGGAAAAAAUAGUUCAGAAAGCGUGGAACUUAUCACUUGUAGUACAGAAUGCACCACUAGUCCCGAAUCUGAACUUUUAUCAGGGGAACACAGCAUUUCAACUUCUAGUUCUGCUGUAGCUAAACAGACCUCAGAGUCGGUUGAAAUUUUAGGAGAUAGCUUAACUAGUCCCAGUUCUGUUGAAAUAAUCGAAGCAGAUAGCCUAGAUUGUAAGAACCAAGAUGAAUUUGCGUCGCCGAUGGAUUCGCCCAUUGCGGAAGAGGAGGCCAGCCCGUGUGCUGAAAAGAACACUCCAGACAGCGUCGAAGUGAUCCCCGAAGACCAGGAAGAAAGCGUUGCUGAAGACACAAUGUCGUACACAUCGAUUUCCGAAAGCACCUCUGCUACAGUCCUCGACCAAGCUUUCCUUCACCUGAAACCCCAGAAAAUGCUAAAAGACACCUAUAAUACGUCUAUGCCUGAAAGCGACAUUCCACUCAGCCCCGAAAAAAUCCACAGUUUCGCCGAUGCAAUAACAAGAGCACCUAGUAGAAGUGGCAUGCAUUUACCUUUAACUCAGGUCAACCAAGUAUUAAUAGACACUCAACCCCAGAGCAGUAGACAAGACUUAUCCAAUCUUUUGAAAAACACCAACAUUAUUGAUAUACCCCAAGAGGAUAGCUUGGAAGGGCAAAUCGAAUCCUGCGAUGAAGGGUCUCAGUCCGAUCGCACUAUAAUUGCAAAAGACGGCGGAAUGGACAGUAGUAGUGAUACGAGUGUAACGGAAACUGGGAUGAGUUCUGUGUAUUUGAAAAAUUUGAUAGCUGAUGCUAUGACUGAGAAAAGCCCGGAAGCGGGCGAUUCGACAACGAAAGCAAGCCAUUUUAUGGAUUUGACUCAGAGUAUGAUCGAUUCGAGUCAAGGCAACGUCGUUUUGGAGAAUAUUUCGAUAAGUCAGUUGGAUAUGCCGCCUCGGGAAAAUUCGCCAGUCAGUUCGGAAAGUCGAUCCGAUUUAGUCAAAAUAGGCUCAGAUCAUACUUCUGGACACACCUCUGGAGAUGAAUUAGAAACAACCACUUCAUCAGACAUUGAAAUAAUUUCAAGUCCGAAUGGAGAUUCAAGUAGUACGCAAAGUAGGCAAAGCCCCGCUAAGCAAACUUGUACGAAAAAUAAAUCAGACGGCCCCAAAGUCGAACUUUUGUGUAAAAUGACGAUGAAGAAAGCCAAAGGUCACACUCGGGAGUUGUCGGAAACGUCCAGCGUAAGCGAUGACUCUCACUCAUCGGAAGUCGAUAGACUUAUCAAAAGGAUUUCGGAAAUGACCGAAAUUUUGGAAUCUAGAGAAUCGAAAUUGAUUGAUAUCAAUAGGCGAAAUGCUGAAUUGCAGGAAUUGAACACCAAUUUGAAACACCAACUCGAUUCGAUGCUCACUAAGCAACUUGAAACGGCAGAUUUAUCUCAAGUGACUGAAGAAUACACUCAACGAUUGUCCGCAUUAGAAAAAAAAUUCCAACAAGCAAUUCGGGAAAAAGACACUCUGAGGAAACAACUGGAACAGAGCAAACAAGAAGCAGCCACUAGAUUUAGCAAAAGCGACUUGGAUUCGCUCAUAAGUGAAAAAGAUGAAAUUAUUAAAGAAUUGCGUGAGGAGGGAGAAAAGUUAUCAAAACAACAAUUACAACAUUCGAAUAUUAUCAAAAAGUUGAGAGCUAAAGAAAAAGAAAACGAAUCAACAAUCAAACAUUUGAAAGAAACAAUUGAGGAUUUAUCGUCCGAAGCUGACCGUCUCAAGCGCUCACUAACCGCAAAAGAAGAAGUUGAAAGGUCACAAAUCGAAGCAGUUCACCAGUUAACAGCAAAAAACAAAAAACUUGAAAGUGAAGUUGAUAAAUUCCGAAGUCAGCUCGAUGAUCUCACACAGAAGUAUGACACAGUGAAGAAAUCUUUAGACGCUGCGAAAAAAGAGCUCGUUGAUAAGAAUAAAACUAGCUCUGAACUAAUAGCACGAGAGCAUAAAUUGGAGAGUUUGGAGAAUGAAAAAAAGCAAACGGAGUCGCAAAAUGCAGCGAUUCUUAAUGAGUUGGAGGAACUACGUUCAAAAAUGAGACAACUCGAUUUUGAUUACGCGAAAAAAGAACAAUCGUUACGUAAAGAGAACAACGAUCUUUUGAGGCGCUUGGAAGACGCUGAAGCAAGAAACGAAGAAUUAUCUCAAUCCGUUCUUGAAGUUAGUAAGCCUUUAGUCAGACAAUUGGAGUCAUUACAAGCAACGCACACGAUGAAAAUUGCCAGUUUUGAAAAAAUUGAACAGGAGAUGACGCUUAAAAUAAGUGAGUUGCAAAAUAGAUUACAAACUUCAGUCAAUACUGAAAGGACAGUCAAAGAUGAAUCUGCGACUUUAAAGUCCAGACUUUCAAGUUUAGAGUCGGAAAUAAGCUCACUUAAACAUCAAAAUGAAAUGCUUAAAAUGGAAGUGGAGCAAAAUAGAACAAAAAAACAAAUGUCUGAACAAGAAUUGAAAAGAGAAAUCGAUGAACUCAAAGAAAAGUUAAUAUCAGAGAAACACAAAGUUGACGAGUUGACUCAAAACGCGUCCAGUUUGCAAGAGCAGUUAGCAAUUGAGAAAUCAGCUAGUGAAUCAGAGCGCAAGAAAAGCAGUGAGGAUGCUUCUAAUUUGGGUCGAAACUCGCCGCGAACUGGAAGCAACUCACCAACAUUGAGUUUGGGGAAAAUUUCAGUGGCUGAAUCACUUGGAAGUUCUUUCUGGUCCCAGGAUGAGCCUUUUGAUGUGGGUCAACCGCCAAGGUAUACCAAUAUGUUCGAGAUGCAAAUGCUCCAAACUAACUUGAAACAGCGCGAUGGUGAAUUGCAACAGUUACAAUGGGAGUUAAAUCGAAGAGAACAGGAGAGGUCGCUAUUGAAUAAAGAAAUUUCGUCCCUAUUAACCCGAGUUGAGGAGCUUGAAACCAAAGUCCAAGAUUAUGAUGUUUUAAAAGGACAACAUAGUGAGUUACAGCAACAGUAUGAUACUCUUUGUCAGUUGUUUGGUGAGAAAGUGGAAGAAAACGAAGAACUGAAACUUGAUUUGCAAGAUGUAAAAGAGAUGUACAAAAGUCAAAUUGAUGAGUUGUUGAAGCAGCAGAAGCAGAAUUUAUAAAGUAAUUUAUUCAGCUUGUACAGAGAUGCUUUUAUAUGAAUUUUUAUUAUUAUUAGAUAAGAAAUAUUAAAGUGUUGUUCUAUUGCGGUUUUAUCAUAUGGGAAUUUUUACUUUAUCAGUUAAUUGAUUCUGAUAUUUGGUGUUUUAUCUUUAUCAUGGUAAAUACAUAACAUACUUCACUUAAAAUUUAACCUGUGAUAUAAAUUAUAGCCUCUGUUUUCAAAUUAUUGUACAAAAUUCCAUCUUGUAAUAAAUGUUGUGUUUACGUGA